AUGUGGGCGGAGAGGGCCUUCGUACCCGUCGUUCCCUUCUACGAUGGUGAUCGCCUUGCUCCCGAAGAGCAGCUCUGCAGGGGGUUUCGUGUUUUUUUAAUUGCAGUGGGUGCCAUCUUCGUUCUGUUCUGUCAAAACGGGGUGGGGAACUGGAAGGCCCUGAGAGUAACCCAGUACGACGUGUGGAAGCAGGAGUUCAGCUUCCUGAAGCGCGCACCGGUCGUCUAUCACCGCCGCACGCACAUGCGGGUCAAGGACAGCCUGGUGGUGGCGCUCCAGGAAGCGAUCGCGGACUCCUACCAAACUGCAGGCAUUCACAUGCCCCCGGCGCUCUCAGAGUUGCUGGACACCCAGGCGGCUCGCGCCCAGAAGAGGCAGCAGCGCUCCGAGCGGCCGAGGGCGCCCGUGGCAAAAGACAGCGACGAGGAGGAGGAGGAGGAGAAGAAGACGGUCCGGAGCACCAGCCCGGUGUCCGAGAAGCGCUUCCGGUUCCGGGACGAGGAGGUGGACGACGAGACGAGCCCCACGGGCGUCACGCGCUUCCUGAAGACCCUGAAGGAUCCCAUGGGUUGGAAAGAUCAGGAGAUGCGUACGGCACUGCUCCGGGAGGAGCAUGAAGCCGGUGCGGAGGAGGGACGCCACGAGCCACAGCACCACCGCCUGAAGCCAGGGGGCGGCAUUCUCAAAGGAAGCAGCGAGGCUGCCGUGUCGCCGAAUCGCACUAUGUCUGCGGCGGCUCAGAUGUCCGUGGACCCAAAGAUGCAGCAGGGCGUGGGCCGGGUGCAGGAGUACCUCGCCUCUGUCAAGAAAGAAGAUGUGAAGCAACUCCCUACGGUGCUGAAGAUCCUUCGCCUGAUGCUCCCGAACUUGGAGGUGGCUACUGGCGCUUUGGCCUUGAUCUUCGAGUUCGUCAGGGACGUGGCGGAGUCACGUCAGAUCGUCUCCCAGCUCAAAGGCAUCAAGGAUAUUGUCAAGGCCAUGACAUCCCACAGCAAUAGCCUGGAGCUGCAGACCCCCGGCUGUGGCUGCCUCUACGCCCUGUCGUGUUUCCGGGCCGACAACCCGGAGAAGGACAACAACUCGGUGGCCAUUGCCCAUGCUGGCGGCAUUGCGCGGAUUCUCCAUGCCAUGGACUCCUUCCCUAUGUGCCAGGAAAUCCAGCAGUGGGGAACAGGUUCCUUGCGGCACCUUGCAAUCGAGAUCGGUGGCAACCGGCGGGAGGUCAUGGAGGGAGGCGAGAUUCAGCUCACCAUGCGAGGUAUCAACCGCCGCAUGAUUACCAAGUCUGGUGGUAUCGAGCUCAUGGUGCAGAGCAUGCUGCGAUUUCCGGAUGAUCUGGAGAUUCAGGAGAACGGCUGUGCCGGGCUCUGCAACCUCAUGGCCAACCGCCACGACACGAAGGUAAGAGCGGCUCGGUCGGGCUCCAUCAGGGCCGUCAUCGCUGCCUUGAGGAACUUUCCGUUCGAACCGGAGCUUGCGCAGAUGGCUUGCGCGGUCUUGCGGAGCCUGGCACUGGGAGUUCCGGAGAACAAGAUCUCCAUCGUGGCGCAAGGAGGGAUCCGACAGCUCUGCGAGGCCAUGGCUCGGCACCGAACUGACGCCGAGGUGAACAUGCAGGCUGUUGCGGCCCUCUGCAACCUCACCUCUCAGCUGGCGGAGAACAAGCGAGCUAUCUGUGAAGCUGGCGGGUUAGAGAUGGCAGUGGCGGCGUUGAUGGCGCACCCGCAGAGCCAGGAGCUGCAGCAGCAGGGCUGCGGUCUGCUCCACAACUUGGCCUGUGACCCACUGCUGCGGCCUCAGGUCAGUGCAGCUGGAGGCUUGCGGGUGGCGGCCGCAGCCAUCGAGCACCCGGUCCGUGCCGUGCAGUCCCUGGCCCUGAUGCUUCAGAGGCAGCUCCAGGCCCGCCAAGAGACGCCUCUGCAGGCACAGGAAGCGCGCAAGCCUGCAAAGACCACAGCCUCUCUGGCCAAAGAUGCCUCGGAUGGGGGCGUGGACGAGCUCUUCGCGCCGCGCACGCACACGGUGCGUGUGGCACGGAGCAAGGCGCUGACGAGGCCUCAGCGCAAGGUGAUGGCAGACGUCAUGGCAUCGAUGCAGCAGAAUCCUCGCGAGUGGCUGCCCCGCGAUGGCUCCACUGCGGGUAGCAGCGCUUCGGGUGAUGACGCCUCUAAGGCCUCUCAGGCCUCCAGCGCCAGCGGCGGUGGAAGAUGGACUCUCCGGGAGCAGCAGCGCGCGGCAUCCUACGGCAUUGAGGACCUGGAGGGCGUCUCGGACAUGAGCUCCGAGGAUGGUUUUGGGGCCCGGAAAGGCUAUGGGGGAGCCUUUGCCUUCGUGAUCCGCCGUGGCCUGGAGAAGCAGGGCAGCAGGGAGGUCGGUGACCUGAGGGCCACGAAGGCUCCCUCCGCUCCCACACCGCAGCUGCACGUGACCACGGAUCCACAGCCGCCCUUGAGCCAUCUGAAUCUCGACCUUGAGUCUCCGACAUCGGCGACGCCCAAAGGCCAGCCUGCCUUCCUGCCGCUGACGGAGCAAAACCUCAGGCGAGCAUCCUACGACUCCAGGGGCACGGCUGCCAGUGCGGACAGACGAGGCCAAGUCUCCUUCGCCACAGACACGAAGGAGGCCGACGCUGAGCAGGCCUUGGAUACAAGAUCCCAGGCAAGCAGCGAUCAAAGCGAAGGAGGUUGGGUCGAUGACCUCGAUGACCCCCGACUCGACAAGAGGGCGCGGAAGCAGCGGCGGCAGCUGACGAAGAGCUCGGGCACGAGCUCCGGUAUCCUGGAAGAGGUCUUUGGAGAGGUGGAGCUGGAGGUGCAGCGGCCGGCCAAGCAGCCAAGGAUUCCCAAGCCUGCAGCCACCGCAGACUUUGCCCGCGCACUGCGGAAGUGUGGCGAAGCCGCCCCAGAGCGUGUGUCCAUCGCCUGGGAAGAAGUGGUGUCUGCCCGGAGCCGUGCACGGCAGGGAGGAAGCCCGCUAUCAGUUAUGAAUGAACUGGAUGGCCUCGCAAAGUUUGCCCGUUUGCCUUCCAUGGGGGUCAAAAAUCUCGCGGGCCGCGUCGCUUCGUUGGGGCAGAAGCGCCCGCUCGACGAGGAGGCAGAGGAGUCUCAGUCCAUCUAUGCUGGAGACGAUGUGCAAGAUGUCGGCAAGGCCGAAGUGGCGCUGCUCGGCGUACUGGGGGAUGCCCAGUCGAAGGCGAAGCCUUCAAGGCCUCCUGGCCAACCAGCGCCAGCAGCUGGAGAAGCGGGUGACCCGAGCACAGAUAUCCGUCUGCGCGAGGCGAAGCGCUUGGAGGCCUUGAGCCGACGCCUGGACCAGCGCCGCGCCCAGACACGCCGGGUGCAGCUGUUGUGA